AUUUAGCUUAGCAUAUAGCAGAACGAAUUUCUCCAUAUCACGAACUUUUCAGAGUUUUCUUCGAGGUUUUUUUUUAUUUUUCAGAGCUCAGAAAGUGUUCGUAGUGUUUAAGAUGGGUUUAGAAGCCUGGUACAUGGACAGUUCUGACGAGGACCAAAGGAAGCCACACAGGAUGAAUCCAAACCAGCCCGUUUCCCUAAACGAGUUGAAGAAGCUAAGAGUUUUCUACUGGAAGCUGAAUGCUGAUAUUUAUGAAACAGACCUAGAACUGGAGAGGAUCCGCAAAGAACAAGGUUACUCCUACAUGGACAUUAUUACAAUUCACAAGGACACUCUACCCAACUAUGAGGAUAAGCUGAAGAUGUUUUUUGAGGAGCAUUUACACUUGGAUGAUGAGAUUCGCUACAUCCUAGAUGGCCAGGCCUACUUCGAUGUCCGGGACAAGGAGGACCGAUGGAUCCGAAUCGCCAUGAAAAAGGGAGACCUGAUCACUCUGCCGGCUGGCAUCUACCACCGCUUCACUCUGGAUGAAACGGACUACACCAAAGCCAUGCGACUGUUUGUGGGAGAGCCAGUGUGGAAAGCCUACAACCGACCAGCAAACGACUUCGAAGUCCGUCAGAAAUACGUGGCUUCACUGCAGCGUUCCUGAGAUGAAGAAAACCCUUCAAUUGCUGCACACACUAAAAACAGACACACUAAUAAUGUGAAUUAAAAAAAAAAAAUCAGGUU